GUAGCAGAGCCCGUGUAGUGUUGACGUGUCUCUAAAGCGCUUCCUCUCACAACGCGGCGGUGAUACAGCGCCGGCGGCUCCGCACGGGGAGCUCAGAUUCUCAACGACUUUAACGGGAAAGAACACCAUGGCUAUUAAGUUCUUGGAGGUGAUUAAACCGUUCUGUGCGGUUUUACCUGAAAUUCAGAAACCAGAAAGAAAGAUCCAGUUCAGGGAAAAGGUGCUAUGGACAGCCAUCACUUUGUUCAUCUUUCUUGUGUGCUGUCAGAUCCCUCUUUUUGGGAUCAUGUCUUCAGACUCAGCCGAUCCAUUCUACUGGAUGAGAGUCAUUCUGGCCUCUAACAGGGGUACGCUGAUGGAGUUGGGUAUCUCCCCCAUCGUGACUUCUGGCCUCAUCAUGCAGCUGCUGGCUGGAGCUAAAAUCAUUGAGGUUGGAGAUACACCUAAAGACAGAGCACUGUUCAAUGGAGCUCAGAAAUUGUUUGGAAUGAUCAUCACCAUUGGCCAGGCUAUCGUGUAUGUGAUGACAGGCAUGUAUGGAGACCCCUCAGAGAUGGGUGCUGGAAUCUGUCUCCUCAUCAUCAUUCAGUUGUUUGUGGCUGGUUUAAUAGUGCUGCUGCUGGAUGAGCUUCUCCAAAAGGGCUAUGGCUUGGGCUCAGGCAUCUCUCUCUUCAUCGCCACCAACAUCUGCGAGACCAUUGUAUGGAAAGCUUUCAGCCCAACAACAGUCAACACAGGCAGAGGUACUGAAUUUGAGGGAGCCAUUAUUGCGCUGUUCCACUUGCUGGCCACGCGAACUGAUAAAGUGCGAGCUCUGAGAGAGGCUUUCUACAGGCAAAACCUGCCAAACCUCAUGAACCUCAUCGCUACAGUCUUUGUCUUUGCUGUGGUUAUAUACUUCCAGGGAUUCAGAGUUGAUUUACCGAUCAAGUCUGCACGUUACCGUGGCCAGUACAACACCUACCCUAUCAAACUCUUCUACACCUCCAACAUCCCCAUCAUCCUACAGUCUGCGCUGGUGUCCAACCUCUAUGUGAUCUCUCAGAUGCUCUCCACUCGCUUCUCUGGCAACUUUCUGGUCAACCUUUUGGGAACCUGGUCUGAUACAUCAUCUGGUGGUCCAGCUCGUGCCUACCCUGUAGGAGGCCUGUGUUACUAUCUCUCUCCUCCGGAAUCGUUUGGCUCAGUCCUGGAGGAUCCGGUCCAUGCUGUCAUCUACAUUGUAUUCAUGCUGGGAUCCUGUGCCUUCUUCUCCAAGACAUGGAUUGAAGUGUCUGGAUCAUCUGCCAAAGAUGUGGCCAAACAACUCAAGGAACAGCAGAUGGUGAUGAGGGGACACAGAGAAACAUCUAUGGUACACGAGCUCAACAGGUACAUCCCCACAGCAGCUGCAUUUGGUGGGCUGUGCAUUGGUGGUCUGUCAGUCAUGGCUGAUUUCCUGGGAGCCAUUGGCUCAGGAACAGGAAUUUUAUUGGCUGUUACCAUCAUCUACCAGUACUUUGAGAUCUUUGUUAAGGAACAGAGCGAAGUUGGAAGCAUGGGAGCCCUACUCUUCUAAAUUUUCUUCACAUGGACACAUGCAUAUGCUGACAGACACCUUAUCAAACACUUUUAUUAUUUUUAUGAGUGUUAUCAUUAUUUUAUAUUUUUUUUUUGUACAAUUUGAGUUGAAGUGGUCAAUUGUCAACAGUGCUGUCUUGAGAGAACGCCCUGCUGUUGGCCAGUUUGGCCUUGAAAUGUUCUCUUUGGUCAGGAAGAGAAAUAUUUCUGAAAUAUUCAAUGAUUAGUCUGUAAAGCUAGAUUCUGUGAGCUCAAAGGGUUGCUGGGUGAGCCUGUGUUUUUGAACCGCCCCACCUUGUUUCUCCAAAGUAUUUCAUGAAACCCUUAAGAAUCUUAAGAUUCUUCCACAGUUUGUUGGCUUUACAAUAUUCCACAUACUGAUGGCAGUGUUGAGGAGAGACUAAAUAUUAAAGUGCAUUAGUUCUUCAUUGUGUGUCUCACCUUCACACAGUGGCUCAGUUUUCCGUGUUUAACCCACAGUCUUGCCAGUCUCACACUUCAGAACCAUGCUGAAAGGUGUUCUGACCCUGGCAGCUUUCUGUAAAGUCCCUCCAACAGUAUGGUCACAUGGCGUUAUUGAUGUUUGCUAGUUUGUAAAGGACAUUUGGUUGUGAUAUAAGCAGGUUUGCCAUAUCCAAGCAAAUGCACUUGUAGAAGAUUGCAUUGUAGAACAGUCCAACCAAGUUGGUAGGAAGAAGGUAAAACACACUAUGCGGUGUGGUCCAGCGUCCCCCUCUUUUUCUUUUUUCUUUUCUUUUUUUAUGAGUAUGGUUGCCCAAGCUGGAAGCAUUUUUCUCUGCAUAAGUAAGGCAGAAAUGAUUCUGAGUGAAAAGGAGUGCUUUGUCUUUGGUGGGUGCUUCUCUGCCUGACUGAAAUAGCCUGGAUCUUCUUGUGGUAAUAUUAACAAAUUUUUGACUUAUCUACAACAGGAAAACAACUUUUUGAUGUCUUCUUGACUUAGUGUCUGUAUAUAUGACAUUUCAUGAAAUGUGCCACCAUGUAAAAUAACUUCUUGUUUUUGAAUAUGUAAAAAGAAAUGCUGUUCCAAACAUCUAUCUUCUGGAAAGAGUGCUCAUUCCCAAUAAAAGCGCUUUUUGUGAGAAACUC